GGCAACCCUGGGCUAGUGACCUGUCCCCCACUUGUGGAAUGCAGAGGGGGGAAGCGGCGCCCGCCGCUGCACUCUUUCCAGGGUGCAGUGCGCUGCGGCGGCAGCGGCGGCUGCAGAGAAGGAGCUGCGUCCGGGUGAAACCGACCCUGUGUCUUCGGCGCGGCUUGCCAAACCAGGGCCGCAGAGCCUGUCCUCCCUGACCUGCUCCACCAACAGAACAGGUCAUCUAAGCCGUAGCAAGCCCCACCCACAGAGAACUCAGAAAUUUUCCUUUUGAAUGACAAAGAAGUAUGGCCUAGAAAUGUUCUGCUUAAUUGCCCCGCGUGCUAAAAAGUCGGCUCACCAGGCGUGGCUCGCCAAGGAGGGGGCUGCUAGGGGGAAGGGCUGGAAGUGGGGGAGGGGAGAGACCAGCCGCUGCCCGGCGUGCCACGGCCCAAGGGCCACCGGGGACCCUCCAUCUUCCCCCCACCUCGCUGGAACCGCGAGGGACGCCUUGGGCGGCCCCGCCCGCCGGUGCGCUGGUCUCCAGCCCUCUCCUCCACACCUCCGCCCCUCCUGGCGCACUGCGUGGCUUGCCUAAUUCCCUAGACCGGACAGAGGCGGCCGCGCUGAGGACAAGCCACCCGGCUCCAGCCCCUUGUUCGGGCGGCUCUGGACCUACCCCCUGUGCGCGCUCUAGCGGGGCCGGAAGCCGCCAGCGGGUCAGGUGCAGCUCGGAGCAGCGCUCGAAGCUGCCCAAGGACACAGCUUUGAGAUAGUCAUGUGGUGCUGAGACCAUCUGGACGUUGUACGUGAUGGAGCCCAGUUCAGUCCUCUGUAAAAACUUCAAGAUUCUGGCAGGCGGGUGUGGAGAUCUGUUCAUCUUGCAGCCACCCAAGACAAGCUUGUUCUGGAGGCCGGAAGUCUGAGAUCAGGGUGCCAGCAUAAUGAAGGCCUUCUUCCUGGUUCAUAGCCAGCAACUUCUUGCUGUGUCCUCACAUGGUGGAAGAGAUGCAGGUCUGUGGAACCAGAAUAGCAUCUGUAGCAGCUGAAGUCAUCCUAGGCUCUUGGCCCUGUGUCCUGGCAGCAAUUUGAUAUGAAGAUGGCAGCCAGGGUGCUGUGGGGCAGCCUCAGCCUGCUCCGCCUGGUGUGGUGUCUCCUUCCGCAGACAGGCUACGUGCACCCAGAUGAGUUCUUCCAGUCUCCUGAGGUCAUGGCAGAGGACGUCCUGGGCAUAAAGGCCGCGCGGCCCUGGGAGUUUCACCCCAGCAGCCCCUGCCGUACAGUGGUCUUCCCACUGCUGACCUCUGGCUCUGCCUUCUGGCUGCUCAGGCUCUGGGAAGAGUGGGGGCCGUGGCCUGGCCCGGUGAGCGGCUAUGCGCUGCUGGUCGGGCCCCGCCUCCUCCUUGCUUCCCUCUCCUUUGCCCUGGACUUGGCCGUGUACCACCUAGCCCCACGCUGGGGGGCGGAGCGCUGGAACGCCCUGGUCCUGCUGUCUGGUUCCUACGUCACCUUGGUCUUCUACACAAGGACCUUCUCCAAUGCCAUUGAGGGGCUGCUCUUUGCGUGGCUGCUGGUACUGGUAUCCCCCCGUGUAGCUGGGAGCUGCACUCCCAAGAAGCCUGCUCCAGGCCCGUCGUGGCACAGUUGGCUUCUUGGGGGUGUCAUGGCUGCUGGCUUCUUCAACCGGCCCACCUUUCUGGCCUUUGCUCUGGUCCCCCUCUUCCUCUGGGGUACUUAUGGAGCCACAAACCCCAGCUUCAAGUCGCUGACCAAGGAAGCCCUGGUGCUGCUCCCAGGGGCGACCCUCACAGCAGUGGGGUUUGUGGCUGUGGACAGCUGCUAUUUCUCCAGUCCAUCUAGACCCAGUACCCUUGUCCUUACACCUGCCAACUUCUUGUACUACAACCUGGAUCCCGUAAACCUGGCGAGGCAUGGCACACACAUGCGGCUCACUCACCUGGCAGUCAAUGGCUUCCUGCUCUUUGGGGUGCUGCAUGCCCACGCCCUGCAGGCCGCGUGGCAACAGCUGCGAGCCUGCCUCCAGGCCUUCACACAGAUGGGCUUCCCAAGGGCACUGGCUGCCCCAAGCCUGCAGUCCAGCCCCAGGUCUCACCUCCUGCUCCUCUACUUCAUGCCCCUGGCCCUGCUGUCUGCCUUUAGCCACCAGGAGGCUCGGUUCCUAAUCCCCCUCCUGGUCCCCCUCGUCCUGCUUUGUAGUCUACAGACCCAACUGGCACCCUGCAAGGGCACCCUGGUCCUCUUCAAUGCCCUGGGUGCCCUCUUCUUCGGCUGCCUGCACCAGGGGGGCCUAGUGCCUGGCCUGGGGCACCUGGAGCAGGUGGUUCGCGCUCCUGUGCUCCCACAGGUACCCACCCACUACACACUCCUAUUCACCCACACCUACAUGCCCCCCCGGCACCUCCUGCACCUCCCGGGCCUCGGCUCGCCCGUGGAGGUGGUGGACAUGGGCGGGGCUGAGGACCAGCUCCUGUGCCAAGCCCUCGGCAACCUCACCAGACGACCAGCCUGCCAUGUGGCUGGUGGGCCGUGGCUCUGCCGCCUUUUUGUGGUGACCCCUGGCACCACCAGGUCUGCCAUGAAGAAGUGCAGCUUCCCCCUCAAGAGUGAGACACUCAUCUUUCCCCACUUGACUCUGGAGGACCCACCGGCCCUGUCCUCCCUGCUGAGUGGGGCUUGGAGGUACCAUCUCAGCCUUCACAUCCUGGAGCUGGGGGAGAAGCCUGACAAUAUGACAGAAAAGCCCCUGCCCAAGACUCAGCCAUAGGUGAAGGUGCUGCUCCACCUUCUAGGUAGAGAGCUGGGCUGGGACAGAGCCCUGACUCUCUUCCUUCCCUUUCCCUUCCAGAAUCCCCACCUCUCCUGUGCACAGCUUUUGACUGCUCCACCUUCUGGGUAAACUGACACCCAUCUUCCCUCAAAAACCAAAGAUCUGACCAGUCACAGUCCUGAUGCCAAGGUCCCCAAAGAACCUGGUGAAAUCAAUGACGCAAAAUGCCUGUUCCUGCCCUAUUCCUUCCAGCCACUGUGAUGUUUUAAACAUAUAAAUAGCACCUGACUGUGAAAGGAGACAACAAUCUCCUAAUGACUUGCCUGAAUGACUCGCCCCAAACCUUCCAGGAUGCCUUACCUCUUGCUGUCAUGACAACCCUUUGGCUUCCUAGAUACCUGGAAGGAGGCAGUGUAGUGAUGUAGAAAGAGCAGGUAGCUCAUAUUCAGAGGAGUUAGUUCUCGUCCCUGGUCUGCUACACACUGGCUAUGUAAUCUUAAGAGAGCCCCUUCCCCUCACCCAGCCUCAGUUUUCCAGUCUGUACAAUGGAUCAGAAGGUCUCUGAGGUGUCUGCCAGCUAACACUGUGUCAUUCCUGGGUCUGCAGCACAUGUUCCCUGGCCAGACAGGCAUGUCUCUCCCAAAGCUCUGUAAGCAUAGAAGUGGGUGUGGCAUAUUUAAUGGCACUUCAGGGCCUACCUACCGUCUCAGUGCUUGGUUAUUACCAAAAAAAGUAGUUCUGGAACUUUUCUGCCCACCCACUCUCUUACUCCUGUCCCUGAGAGAGGUGAUGGAACGUUUCUGCAUCUCACCCUUGAGGGAUCAAGCCCAGAUGUUCUCCCUUCUCAGUUGGCCCCAGUGGGAAUGGAGAUAGAAGGCUCAGUCAGUAUCUGGUGGCACUUGAGCACAAAACCUUAAAUGUGGUCUGGUCACUCUCCAAGCUCAAAGCUUCUGUCUGGAUCCCCUUCACAGGAUGGAGAGCAGACCCCGGGCCAAACCCACACCUGCCGCCCUGGUGGAAGCCAUCAGACCGGGGCGUGUUGCUCCUCACAACACAGGGCGCCCCCGCCCGGUCCGCUGGGAAUAUGAGGGGCUGUGGCACUAAGCUUGUCCUCGUUCUCCUUCCUCACGCCCCUGCUAUCUCGUGAGAACAAGAAGCACCCAGGCCACUGAGAGCAGUAUGCUGGAGGAGCACAGAGCAGGCGGCCAAACCUAUACAACCGACCAAACCUGAGCGCUUUUCUAGUCCCGCCUUCUGCUGGCUAAAGCCUCGGGUCAUCUUAAAGCUCCACCCACCGCAGGCAAGCUGCUCUGUGGCUGCUGCUGGGUCCUAGUGCCACACUUUGCUCAGGACUCCAACCUCAAGGGAGAGGAAAGUCAGUGCCAUGCUAGUAAAUGUUUAGCAACCCGUUCUCUAAGGGCAAACUAGCCCCCAUUUGUAGUGUUUUCUGACUUGUGUGGUGUAAAUACUCUUACCGUGGCUGAUUUCAAACUACUAAAAUGAUGUUACUCAACUUGGGAGGAGAUGCUAAGGAUCUCUCUCCUGAGCUGGCUGUUCAGCUGGCUGUUCGGAUAUUUCCCUAUUUAAAACUCUACAGUACCUGUUCAUGACAGUUCACUGUUGUUUUGGUUGGUUUGUUACGAACUUCAGAUUGGUCUUCCUACCUGUACUGCUUAGCAUCAUCUCUGGCACCCGACAGCACUUAUUUACCUUGCAGCCAAAGAUGGCUUUUCUGCCCAACAGAUAAAACCAAAUGCCACCUUGAGACACCCCAGAUUCAAAGGUCCCAAAUUCCUCUGGGCUUCUCGGGACUUCUCUUCCCCAGUUGGGUUCACAACCUCAGAAUUCCCUGGAGGAGCUGUUGGUGUAGCAGUCCGUGUAGACUGUAGUGAUAUGACCUGUAACAAAUUUGUCUGUAAAGUGUUGGUAUCUAGAUUUGUGUGGCACCAAGGGGUGAUUUGGAAUUGUCCUGCAGGAUAGUGGAGUGAGUUACUUCCCUGCUUCACUUUCUGACAAAGCUCAGAAGAGCCUGAAAGGUAUGUUGGGAGAUUGUUGUCACUGGGGAUGGUGGGAAGAAUUUGGUCUGCUUCUUUAGUAAUAGGGUACCUGGUGGGAUGACAAGCCACUGACUACGAACACCGGAGGCUUCUCCAACAAAGCGGGGAGGCAUCCAAAUCUCCUCUAGCUGGAGCAGAAAGGACCCAGUUCUCUCUCUCUGCUCUCAGGCUCCUUUUACAAAAACGGAGGGAAAUUAGUUCCUUCACACUUCUUCCGCAAAAAAUAAACUGCCUUCAUUUCUUGCUUUCCUUCCUUUCUUACCAAGUGGCCAGCUUGUCCAGAAGCUUCAUUGCUUCCUGCACUUCCUUUUUGUCUCUGCUAGUCUAGAAAAAGACCCAACUGUGAGUGUGCUUGUUUAUGUGGAGGGUAAGGGAUUGGGCUGGGGACGGCUAACAUUCUGCUCCUCUGAUAUUCAGAUCCAGAGACCAAGGAGUGGGAUUGAAACCAAUGAGGCAAACAAGGCAGUAGAAUGAACAAGCUCCUCUGGCUCCUCACUGCCAAGGUCAAAGGAGAGUCCAGUGAGUUGCCUCUGGUCUGGGAGAGGGAGGACAGGAGGGUAGGAUGCCAAAUUAGAACUCUGUCAUUAGGAGAGCGGGACACUGGCCUCAGAGAGGAUUAAAUAGAAGCCCCUCUGAUGGGAAGACUGGAGGAUGGAAUGUCAAAUCAGAACUUUGACCAUUAGGAAAGUGGAGGACAGGCUGCUUUUGCUUCUCCACCCUAUCCAGUGACUAUCAGAAUGCCAGAGUACAAACUGGUCACCAGCCUAAAAGCUUCUUGGGCUUCGAGCUUUCUAGAUUGCAUGAUGAACUGUGUAGCCUGAUUAGAGACAAUCAAUGCAUACAAUGGAUUUCCUAAUCGUGGGUUUGUUAGCUGGAGCAUAGCCUUUAGAGUGCAUCCCAGACCCUCUAAAAUAGGGACAAGGAAUCCAGGUGGCUUGUUCCAUGGUAGGCAGUUGUCCUAACACCCAGUGAUGAUAGUGGUUGGUGGCAGGGAAGGGAGGCUUUGAAGGUCAGGGUAAAUGUGAUUAGGGACGUGGGCCCUGGAGUCAAACACCUGUAUUCACAUUCCACUCUGUAAGGCCUUGGGCAACUUAAGUAGCCUUAUACUUCCUCAUAUGAAAGUUGUCUUAAGGAGUGAGAUAACCCACACAGAGUGCAGUUAGCAAGUGCCCAGUACAGAGUAAGUACUCAAUAUGUGCUAACUACUAUUACCAUAGGCCUACAAGUCCCCAGGAAUCCUAAAUCCACCUUGCCAGAGAAGUAGGGAGCUCACACUGAAACCAUGGGUAAUGAGUCAAUCCAUUUCACCUGCCUUCACUAAUCAAGGUCAUUUUAAGACUCACAAGGCCUCCAAGCAGCACAAAGCCUAAACAAUAAGAUGUUUGAUGGAGUUGUUUUCCAGGAAUUUGCAGUUGGCUGUGUCUAGUUCAAGCUCUGGGCAUGCUCCUGACCUUUUGACAUCAGAGGGCCGAAAACUCCACCGGCAGAGGGAGGUGGUGUUAAAGCCUCCAUUUUUCAAGCUGCAGAUGCAUGUGGCUUAGUUACACCUGUGCAGAACUACAAUCAUCACACCUUUCUCCAAUCACCUUUCCCCACGCUCCCCACGUCUCAGGCCGCCCUGCUUCUUUAUUCUUUAUCCCCAAAAUACCCGAAGCCCCUUGCCUUGGGG